AUGCAAGACCUUAUCAUCUAUAACUUCUUUAAAGAAACCGCACCAACAUCGUAUACUUUGGGAACUUUUAUGGCAGACAUUGUCAUAUUAAUGUGGAGCUUAAUGAAAAUCGGAAAUUGCAGUACUAAUAAUUUACGCUUUAAAAAUUUUUGCAUUGAGUUAAUUUUGAACGUAAAAAUAUCAAAAGAGACCGUCUUUAUCGCGAUUAAAUAUGUACAAAAGUACAUGAAAAGAGGGAACACAGCAAACUUUAAAAAUGAAUACCAACUUUUUACAAUCGCUAUAAUGGUGGCGCAUAAGUGGCAUAACGAACCGGUUUAUAAGAAUAAAACUUGGUCAGAUUUAUCUCAUAUCCCUCUAAAUGAAAUUAAUAAGUUGGAAAUCGCGUUUAUUGAAUCUCUAAAUUAUAAGAUUCAUAUUGGUGGGGAAAAAUAUUCUUUUUGGUUAAAAUGUUUAGCAGAAUAUGCUAAGACGGGAAAACUCGUUUCACUGUUUGUUGAACGAUUCAACAAAAACUACAUUCGAUCUCCUCCACCGCCACCAGGUUUCGGUUUUGCUUUAAAAUCAAAAAUUAUUCCUACUCCGAUAGGAUAUGAGCGAAAAACUAGAUAUAGAUUAUAUAGUUUAUAUGAUGGAAUUGAAUUAGAUUUUUUUAAACAAACCCAUUAUAGAAUAUAUAAUUUAUAUGAUGGAUUUAAACUAGAUUUUUUUAGUUAA